CUUUAUUGCCCAAUUGACGCUGGUACAGGGCUCUGCAGCUGGUAAAAUUACUUUGCAUUGUAGGUAUGGAGGUAGAUACUCCUAGUAAUGCUUGUAGAGCGUGCUUCGGUGUUUGCUAUGAUUGUUGUUUGGUGCUCUGCCCCUCACCGUAAAACUCGACCCAUUAAUCUCAUCCCACUUACUAUAUAUGAUUCCCCACCCCGCCAUCAUCCUCAACUCAACCCGUACCGUACGCAUUGCCAUUCAAUUGACUCUCAACCUCCUUUCUUCUCAUCAGAGAUUGAUUAUAUACAGGAGGGAACGAUCGUGCCACCCGUUCCUUUUCAAUUUCGAAUUUUACCAGUAGAUCAAUAGAUUGUCAAAAUGGUCGGACUCGGUCCCAGAAAGCCUCCGUCCCGCAAGGG